AUGACUCUUAAAAUGAAUGGAUGGCCAAAUCCUGGCGGUACAUGCUUAACAAGUUCCAUUCCAACUCAAUCGGCCAAUCCACUUCAAACUAUUCCUUUACAUCGUUCUGUGAACAUCUUUCCUUUGACCAAUUAUGUUUUUGGAACUAAGGAAGCUCAAGCGGAGAAAGACCAUUCAGUUCAAGCUCGGUUCCAGCGCAUGAAAGAUGAAUACGAAAAGGUUGGAAUGCGUCGAUCAGUUGAAGGAGUUUUGAUUGUUCAUGAGCAUUCUCUUCCUCACAUACUACUUUUACAAAUUGGAACCACUUUCUAUAAAUUACCUGGUGGUGAACUUGAAGUAGGUGAAGAUGAAAUUGAAGGUAUGAAACGUCUUUUGGAUGAGACAUUAGGUAGAACCGAUGGAAUGAAGAACGAUUGGAAAGUUGAGGAUGAAAUCGGCAACUGGUGGAGACCUAAUUUUGAUCCUCCUAGAUACCCUUACAUACCUGCUCAUAUUACGAAACCAAAAGAGCAAACGAAGUUGUUCGUGGUGCAAUUGCCAGAAAGAGCUUCUUAUGCCGUUCCAAAGAACUUUAAACUUGUUGCUGCACCUUUGUUCGAGCUGUAUGAUAAUGCUGCUGCAUAUGGUCCAUUAAUUGCGAGUCUUCCUACAGCGCUAAGCAGGUUCAACUUCAUUUUCAAUGGAGUAUGA